AUGUCCGAGCUCGAGCAGUCUCUGGACGCGAGUGCUCUUCAGCAAGCUCUCCAGGCUCUCGAUGAGGAAUUGGGAACCUUCGACUUUAUUGUGGCUUUUGCGCCCAUUAAACUGAUCACCGCAGGCGGGUUCCUAGCUGUUAAUUACCUCAAGAACAGGGACACAACCAAGGACCUAAACUAUCUUCUAGAUCCAGAAUGGGCGACGGACGAGGACAUAAAGGGGCCCCUGGAGCAGGCCAUCCUCCGAGUAUCGGAGAGACUCCAAAUUAGUGAGAAAUGGGCAAAUGAAAACAUGUCACUAUAUGUAACCAAGGAAACACGGAUACAUUUGUUUCGAAAGGCGCUCAAGCAGAAUAUAAUCCUGUUCAGAGGUGACAAUAUCAUCAUCCUUGCCGCUCCGAUAAAGUGGGCUCUGAAGCGCAAAAUUCGACGGAUGUUCACCCCGGGUCAAAGUCGGCAAGUUGAGAUAGAUAUGAGCGACCUUCUCGCCAUGCUCAAGUGGAUGCGUGAUCGAAAAGGCGGUCCACUAAACCGCGAGCAUCUCUGUACCCAGAGCCUCAACUCCUUUGAUGUUGUGCCGGAUGCAGCAGGGAUGGAGCAGAUCGCUGCUGCCUAUCGGGACAAAUACAAAGAUGAGAUAUUCGCCUGA